AUGGCUGCCGGGUCCGCGAAGCUCCAGACCCCCAGCUCCGAGGCCGGAGGCAGCGCCGCCGACGACUCCAAGACGGCGCCCGGCUGGAACAACAAGAAGCUCAGAGAGGAGUUUGAAACUUUCAAGGCAAAACUCCUUGACCAGCGCUUCGACCCUAAGCACUUCCCCGAUCCUUUGCUCCCCAGGAACGGCUCCGACCCCCGGAAUAAUCCCAAAGGAACGCCGGAGGCCGAAAGGAGGAUCGACCAGAUCAUCGCCGAGUACAAUGCCCAGGGUUGA